GAAAGUCAGAGCAGAGUACAUUUUAAGCCACAACAUUUUGGAUGUUCCCUCCGAAAAACAUGAUGUGUUAGAACCCAUUAUGUUCGGAUGAAAGUACAUUUCAUUGAUUCGCAAUGAACAUGAUCUCUCCUUGAUUAUAGCUUCCAAUGUGUCAACAGCCUAAUCUGAGGUCCUAAACAUUUCAACCCUAUAAAAUCUUCAUCAUAAAUUACAAAUUCCGCAGACCAUAUUCCUCAAUUUCCCCCCACCAGGAAUUCUAUCAUGGCCAGAAUUGCAGUUUCAUUAUUGGCCCUUUUCCUUUCUGUGACAUACGUUUUCGCAGGCAGUGUUCCCGUCUCACCUUCCCCCGGAGGUAUAUCCGCCGUCGCAGAAUCGAAAUUACAGGCCAUCUGCAAGAAAACCCAUGAUACCAAUUCCUGUAUUCAAUUGCUCACGCCCGCCAUUACCCCGACAACGGAUUUCGAUUCCCUGGAAUGGAACCGAAAAGUCGUGUCCAAAGCCCUGUCCAAAUCCAUCAUUGCCAAGAAUUUCAUGACGAAACACGGCCGAGGUUUGGACGCCAAACAUAAAAUCGCGGUCACGAAUUGCGUGGAUAAGAUGGAUAACAGUGUGGAACUUCUGCAACAGGUGUCUCACGAGUACGUGGAAUUGUACAAAUCCGAAAGCUCCAAAGGAUUCCUGUACGGUUAUCAUCGGAAAAAUGUGCAGACUUUGAUGGAUACCGCGACGGCUGAUCAGGAAGCUUGUUAUACGUCGUUGGGAGGUUUCCAGGAACCAGUCCUGAAGCAGAUGAAGGAUUAUGCAAUGAGCGCAUCUUUCGCGAUUAAGAUUGUAUCUGAUUUAGUCUUGAAAAAGUAAGUAAUAUACAUAUCUAUGUAUAGCGUCUGGCUGUUGCCUUAAAAAGAAGAGGAAAAAAGUAUGGGAAUUCUAUUACAAAAGAGCCAGAGAAAAUGAAUUCUGUUAGCUUAUUCAAGACCUGGCCUUUUUCUAAAAUAUUUUACCUUCAAUUAAUCAACAACGUAGGACAAUUUUGCACUCUGGUGUCAUGUUUCUGCAAGUCUAUAUACUAUAUAUAUAACACAUAUCAGCCUACAAGUUCCUGGUAAAACAGAGGAGUCGGCGUGAAUCAUGAAACAUGGACGUCAUAAUAUUUGAAUCAUUCAAAGUUUAUCACUAGGACACCUCAAUGCCAAAAUUUGUUUUUUCUUGUAGUGAUGAGGAAACACAAAAACUCCAACA